GCCCCACAGUCGACUGGGGCGCCACGACAACUGAGCAGGCUGGCACGCAGAUUCGGCUCGUCGAGGGCGUACCAGUCGCCGGCUUCUGCGAAGACUGGGCCGUUCGCGCCGCUCUGCGUCACGAGCCUCGCGACGACGAAGUGUACGUGGUGGCCUACCCGAAGUCCGGCACCACGUGGGUGCACUACCUGACGAGGCGGUUGCUGCAUCAGGGACACGAGAGCCCUGCAGAGAGCGCGAUGCAGUGCAUGCUCAGCUCCAUCAUAGGGUACACCGGCAGCGACAAGCCGGGCGCUGUAAUCAAGUCGCACCUGCUUUUCGGCAGGACACCGUUUUCGGAGAAGGCCAGGUAUGUUUACGUAUUGCGAAAUCCCUACGACUGUUGCGUGUCGUACUAUCACCAGCGAGCCGGCCUGCCCAACUUACCCGCAAUCAGCUUCGAUGAAUUCCUGGACGACUUCAUCGAGGGUCAAGUGCCUUUCGGCGACUACUUCGAUCACCUGGCCGCCUGGUUUCCGGAGAGGUCGAGGCCAAACGUCAUCUGCGUACCGUAUGAGCAACUGAAGGGGGACGUUCGUGCAGGGAUUCUGCGCAUAGCCGACUUCCUUGGCCGAGACAUCGGACAUGCUUUGCGUAACGAUGACGGGGCACUCCAGGGAAUUAUUCAGACAACGUCCCCGGACGAGAUGCGACGGCAUUUCUCCGAAGCACGAGCGGCACUGCUGACCGCCCCCAGUGACGAAAAGCAAGCGCAAGUAGCUGCGGCGUUCCGAGCCAGGGGUCAUCGAGCACCACCGGCUGGUGCAGGUGACGGAGAAAAGGCCAACCUGUACAAACUCGUGCGCAAAGCGACCGUUGGCGACUGUAGGAACCACUUCUCGGAUGCUCAAGCGCAGCGCAUGAAAGCCAACAUGGAUUCUAAGAUGGCCUCCAAAAUGGCCGUCCAUCGAGAGGCUGUGCUCGUUCUGUGGAAAAGUGUCAACCUGCCGUAG